ACAAGAGAUGCCAUCUUCUUCUCUCCGAGAAUCGAGCUCUCGCUCCCCCAGACCUGCUGAAGAGGAGCCUCGUCGGAAGAGAUAUUCCCUUUUGGUUGAGAUCCUCGACGAUGAUGGUUUUGCAGUGCUCGAGCGCAAUCGCGAGGCAGAACGGCCGCGUAGAUCGAGUCGAGGUACCUCUACUACUCGACAUCGACCUAACGGGGGCUCCGAUCAUUAUUCGGACACCAAUAGGCAAUCUCGGCGAGGAUCGGUCUCCUCGAACGUAGUAGAAGUUGGGACUAGGGGCCAUCAUGAUCACCCAUCGGAACGAUUGCGACACUCAGGUACUAGAUCACGUACCAGCCGCGUCAGCGAGCUAAGUGACGAGGUAUACGACACCGCCCCCGAAGGUAAUCCCGCCUCAUCCUCAGGGCGACAAAUACAAGAGGACACCGAGCCACCCUCUAGCUCUCACAACCAGAGACGGAGAAGAUCUAUUCACAGCGGCACUCAGACGAACAUUAGGGGAUACGGGCCACACAGCGCCUUUACAUCUCCGCAUAACCUGUACCGACCCCCUAAUCCCAAUCAAGGAGACCUCCACGUCAUGGAGAUCGCCUACCGAGAUGGAUUCCAUCUCGGCCAGCAUUUAGCGAAUCUACGGGACCCCAACACCUAUCGCGUCACCCCUCCGCGACCCAUCUCGGUAUCUUCAACCCGUAGCCAUGAUCGUAACCUGCCUGAUGCCAACCGGCGACCUCGUCAGCACCCCGAACCACAACAGCAGCGUGGAUGGCGAAGGCUAUUUCCCCCGUGGCAGUUUUUGAAUGCGCGGGCUCCUCCAACUGAGUCAGUAGUAUCGCGCAGUGGUGGCCAAAACCAGGGACACCGCCGUUGA